AUGGCCCCAUCAAGCCGUGCUGAAGUUAAAGAAGCUGAAUAUGGAUACGUUUAUGGAGUAUCAGGACCUGUCGUAACAGCUGAAAAAAUGUCUGGUGCUGCUAUGUACGAGUUAGUUCGUGUAGGACAUACUGAAUUGGUAGGAGAAAUCAUUCGUUUAGAAGGAGACUUUGCUACUAUUCAAGUUUAUGAAGAAACAUCUGCUGUUACAAUUGGAGAUCCUGUCUUAAGAACUGGAAAACCACUUUCUGUUGAACUUGGACCUGGUAUUAUGGAAUCUAUUUUUGACGGUAUCCAACGUCCAUUGGAAGCUAUCGCAAAAGAUACAAAUUCUAUUUACAUUCCAAAAGGUGUACGUACCAAUGCUUUGGAUAGAAAAAAGAAAUGGAGUUUUGUUCCAUUAAGAAAUGUAUCUGUUGGUUCCCAUAUAUCUGGUGGUGAUAUUGUUGGUACAGUUCAAGAAAAUGAACUUAUCAAACACAGUAUUAUGAUUCCACCAAAUAGUUAUGGUACUGUUACUUAUGUAGCACCAGCUGGAGAAUAUACAGUUGAUGAUAUUGUUAUUGAAGCUGAAUUUGAAGGUGUUAAAACUAAAUAUCCAAUGUACCAAGUAUGGCCAGUACGUUCACCACGUCCAGUUGCAGAGAAACUUGCUGCUGAUUAUCCACUUCUUUGUGGACAACGUGUAUUAGAUGCUCUUUUCCCAUGUGUUCAAGGAGGUACAACAGCUAUUCCAGGAGCUUUCGGUUGUGGUAAAACUGUUAUUUCUCAAUCUUUAUCUAAAUACUCCAAUUCUGAUGCUAUUAUUUAUGUUGGUUGUGGAGAACGUGGUAAUGAAAUGUCUGAAGUAUUACGUGAUUUCCCAGAACUUACUAUGGAAGUUAAUGGUGUUACCACUUCUAUUAUGAAACGUACUGCUCUUGUAGCUAAUACAUCUAACAUGCCCGUAGCUGCUCGUGAAGCUUCUAUUUACACUGGUAUUACACUUUCUGAAUACUUCCGUGAUAUGGGAUUGAACGUAGCUAUGAUGGCUGACUCUACUUCUCGUUGGGCUGAAGCUCUUCGUGAAAUUUCUGGACGUUUAGGAGAAAUGCCUGCUGAUUCUGGUUAUCCAGCUUACCUUGCAGCUCGUCUUUCCUCUUUCUAUGAACGUGCUGGUAAAGUUAGAUGUCUUGGUAGUCCAGAACGUAAUGGUUCUGUUACAAUUGUUGGUGCUGUAUCACCACCUGGUGGUGACUUUGCUGAUCCAGUUACAUCUGCUACUCUUGGUAUCGUUCAAGUAUUUUGGGGUUUAGAUAAAAAAUUAGCUCAAAGAAAGCAUUUCCCAUCUAUUAAUUGGCUUAUCUCUUACAGUAAGUAUAUGCGUGCUCUUGAUGAUUACUAUGAGAAGAAUUUCCCAGAAUUUGUUGCUCUUAGAACUAAAUGUAGAGAAAUCCUUCAAGAAGAAGAAGAUCUUUCUGAAAUUGUACAAUUAGUUGGUAAAGCAUCACUUGCUGAAUCUGAUAAGAUUACUCUUGAAGUAGCUAAACUUAUCAAGGAUGAUUUCCUUCAACAAAAUGGUUAUACUCCAUAUGAUCGUUAUUGUCCAUUUUACAAAACUGUUGGUAUGUUAAAAAAUAUGAUUGGAUUCUAUGAUAUGGCACGUCAUGCUGUUGACUCAACCUCACAAACUGACAAUAAAAUUACAUGGAAAGUCAUUGAAGAUCAUAUGAAACCAUUGAUGUAUGAACUUACUUCAAUGAAAUUCAAAAAUCCACAAACAGAAAGUGAAGAGAAAAUUAAGAAAGACUUUGACGACCUUUAUGAAAAAAUGUCAAAUGCUUUUAGAAAUCUUGAAGAUUAG